CAAAUUGCUCACAGAAAAUACAGCACGAAGGAUCAAUAACCAAUACUUAUAAAAAGCAUUUAUUAAACUUAUUGUUAAUUUUGAGGCAUUUUCUGCUUGUAAAUAGGCUAUAUGAAUUAAAUAAUACAAAAUACAUUGAAAAAUACACUGACAACAAAGUGACCGCAAAAAUAUGUGCGAAUAAUAGCCUACUAUUGAAAUCAAAUAAUUAAUUUUAUCAUAGGACUACUGAAUUUCGAUCCGUAUUAAUCAAGGUCUAAGUUUUGUUGUUGUUUUAGAGGUGAGGUUAAAUAUGAUUCUCCAUAAAUGUGCGCUGACAGACUUACAGUCAAAUCAAAAGUGAAGCCCCAGGGACUUUACUGUGGUCACGUGUCGUGGCAUCCGUUCAGAGGCGCGUGUAAAAGCCGGAGGAGCGCCGUUCUCAGCAGCAGAGAUGUCAGCACACAGUCUGAAGAUGACAGCAUCUGUACAAUUCAUAAGAAAACUGCUGGGUAAAGGCAGCUGUGCGACAAGCAACCUCUUGAACACUGGACACAAAACACAGAAGAACACUACUGAUUAUAAAACAAUCAGGAACAAAGAUGGAAGAAGUCAUAAAAGAAAUAUUGUGCAAUCCCAAGACAAGACAACAGAGCAGUAUAUAAGGAAAAAUGUUGUUUUAAGAAGAAAAGAAAAUGAAACUUUUGGGUUUGACAUCCAGAAAAGCAGUGUUGAGAGAAGCAUCAGUGCUGAGCAGGAUUUGGGCUCAUGUGUGUGUUGGGUGGAGGAGAACAGUCUUGCAGAGAGUAAUGGGUUAAUGACUGGUGACGUUAUUAUAACAGUCAACAAUGUGUACAUUUCUGGAUCCACUCCUCAGCAGAUCAAGGAUCUGGUUAAAAAAUCCUCCAUCUUAAUGUUGGAGAUUAUCAGAGGUGCUACAGAAAAGCAGAGGCAAUUGCUUAGGAAGCUUUAUCUCCUGCAGCAACAGUUUACAGAGAAAUGCGAAGAGCUUCAGACACUCAUCACAGAGGAAGUGCAUCUGACAGGAGGUGCCGUUGAAAACAUCCAGAAGCCUUAUACGCUUCCUACAGGAUCCUCUGCUUCCAUUUGAUUUUCUUCCACUUCCAGUACAAUCAAACACACCUAAUCAAGGUUGUGGGGUUCUUUUGAAAAUGACAAGCUAGUGCAUUAGAGUAGGGUUGAAACUAAGCUGUGUGAUCAAGUAGAUUGGGUACCCUGUGCUCCUGAAUCAUUUUAAAGUUAGUCCAGGAAAACAAAUCCUGCCCAUCUGGUCAAGGAGACCCCGUAAGAGACAGAAUCAUUUUUUCUGUAUUUCUAAAAUCUGUUCUGUUACAUCAUGGUUUGAAUUAGUGAAUGAAAAGCUAAAUAUUGAUGUACAGUAUAAGAUGGAAUUAUUUAACUAUUUAUUUUAAUCAUACUGCAUUUUGUAUUAUCUGUACUGUAUUUGUGUAUUUUGCACUAUUAAGC